GGCCAAAUAAAUCUCAGUCGAGGAAGAUCAUGACUGUUAGAGAUUCGAUGCCUAGCCUUCCUCACAGAAGGAAGCAUCAUAAGAUUUUCAGUAAAAGUCGUGAGAAGCAUAAACCAAAGAAGAUUCCAAAGCAUUUAGUGGAUAAGAUGGACAAGAUGUCUAAGAAGAUGAAGAAUAUUGGAUACCGUCCUCCUCAAAAAGGCAAGUUUAAAGACUAUCCAAUCUCUCUAAGUCGGAAGAUCAAGCCUUUAAGACCUGGAGCCAGCCCAUCACUCAGAGUAAAUUACCUUGACAGCAUGAAAGCAAUAUUUGCCAGAAAAAGAGACAAUGAACAUUACCGAGUUGAAAGAUCAUGUUAAGAAGCAUGUUGGCAAAAUAGACACAGAAAUAUUGAAGGGGAAAGAUCCUGAAUUGUAUAACUCAAUCAAGGGUUCUAUUUCAUCAAAUGGUCUAAUUUUCCCUCAUAAAACCCUAGAGCUACCAGUAAAAAUCCUAAAGAAGCUACAUGAUAGAGGUUAUAUCAAUCAUUCUUCCUGCUUUCCUAAAGAGUUAGAGCUAGCUAAGAAUACUCUUGAAGGGCUUGAGUUGCUAUCAAAGAAUCAGCUAUCAGCUAAAACACUUCCAUCAUCUUCAUUUAUCCCUUCAUUAAGCGUUGAGGUACCAGUAGAAGUAUUGAAGGACGGUUCUUUAAUCAGUCAAGUUCCUUUUUCUAAGGUCUCUCCAGAUGGAUUGGUCAAGCUAGGAGACCUACCGCCAAAAGCAGUCCUUGAAUUGGCAAAGAACCAAAAUAUAGAUUUAUCCGGGAAGUACCAAAAGCUGCUCAAAGGUGUCAUUAAAGCAGGGAAAGAUCUGAUUGACUCAAAUAAAGAUCAAAGAGGUCGAAGCAUCAAGGAUAUGAUAAGUACGCCUUCAGAAGGUGUUCUUAAAGCGGGAUUACAAAAGCACAUAUCGAAUAAGCUAUCUAAGAUUCAAAAGAUUCCAUUUAGAGAUUUCCAACUUCCUGAAGGCAAUAAUGAAACUCUUCAAAAAGAGGCUAACAACUAUGAAGUCAAGAGUAGUGCUAUCAUCGAUGCUCUAAAGAGCCUAAACCAGAAGAGCUCUGUUUCUAAAGAAGACUUGGAGAACCUCUCUGUGAUCCAAGAGCAAUUGAAAUCUCUUGAGGACAAAAAUGGCAAUGUUAAAGUUAGCAGACUUCCUUACUUCCUCCAGAAGAGAAUCGGGAUCCCUAUUAAGAGUAAUCAACUAGGAGAAGAUGACAAAGGACUCAUUUUCAGUAAACAAGAUGUGCUUGAUAAUACUGAUAAGAUAGCAAGACAACAACUUGAUCAGAUCAACCCAUACUCAGAUGAAAUCGAAGUUGAUGACCUUAAUCCUGAGAUUCUUAAUGACUUUGCGAAAACAGGCUUAUUAGAAUACCAAAGAGCACAAAAAGGAUAUCAAUCAUGAGAAAAGACAAUGCAGCAGUUCCCAGACCAUCUAGACACUAUUGACAAGGUCAUCGAGGCUUGAAGAGAUAAAGUAGACUCUAAGAUAAUCAAGCCAGUGCUUAAUAAUAAAGACCAGUAUACGAACUUGGGAGAACUCCCUUUUGAAAUGGUAGAGUCCCUUGAAAAGGAAGGCCAAUUGAGCAUUCCCCAGAACUUUGAUGACAAUGUCCUGCUCUUGAAUGAAUCUUCUCCUAAAAAUAAGAAACGACAGGAUGUGAGAGUGAGAAGCAACAGAAAUCGUUCGAAGAACUUACUCUCACCUCCGAAGCAUUCAAGUAAUUAUAUUCCUUUACAAAACUUGAUGAAAUCAAGUCCAUUCAUGACAGAGAAACUGAAAUCUGAAGCUUUAUCCAAGAGAGCUGAUCCUUCAAAGGUUCAGUUAUCUGAUCUUCCAUCUGAAAUCCUAUCUGAUCUUGGAAAGAGAGGAGUCAUCCCCUCUUCUGUCAUUCCUACUGACUCCAAAGUUGACGAGAAACUUCGAGAGAGUAUCAAGAAGACUUGUCUUUACAAGCCAAUCCAGGAUCUUAAUAAGAGUUUUGAAAUUAUUGAUACUAAAAACCAGCCAAUUGCUACAAUCAAAGAUCUGAAUAAAUAUCUGAGUACUAAAAAUGUGCCUAAGCAUGCUUUGCCUGUGCUCCCUGAGAGAUUGCAGAAGGAAUGUGAUAAACUAAAAUCUGAUGAAGUUCCACUAAAUAUGCUCCCUCUUUCAGUAGUCUAUGACAUGUGCAAGCAUAAUGAUGUCAAUAUCGACAAAGAAGCUAUUGAAACUAUGAACAAUCUCACUUCUGAUAUUGUGAAGCCAAGAAGGAGAGCAGCUCCUGAUUACAAAUCUCUCAUGAAAACAAUCAAACAGCAACAGAAAUCCAGAAGCAAGCAGAUUGCACUCAGCCCUAAUUCUCGAAGAAGGAUGGUUACUGAUAGAAGUUUGCUGCAUGCUCCGCAGAAUUUCAAGAAUAGCCUUGGCAAUUCGAGAUUCUUGUUGCCUUCUGAUACUGCAAGUCUGAACCUUUCAAAAAGGUUUGCAAAGCCAAGCCAAAUGAUGCAUAGUUCGAGCCAAGGAGUUUUAAACAGAAGAUCGGGGAUUAAUUCUCCAUCUAGAAUCCUUCAGAGUCCUCAGGACGAUCACUUCUCUUCGACUAAUGCCGAAUCGAAGUAUAGAUUCUACCCAGCUAGAAUUGAUGUAUCAAGCAUCCUCUAUGCUGAUAAUGCAAAUAUUGAGGCUCGAAUUGAAAAGACUGGCAACCCAGAGGCAACAAGGAUCUCUGCCAUGAAUCCUAAUUCCUUCUUCCGUGAUCAAAGUUCUAUAGGUGGGCACCAAUUCUUGAGUCGGUAUCAAUCUUCAAGGAGCAAGCUGUUCUCUCCAGAUAGGCCAAGUACGCACAGAUAA